ACUUCAAAACCCAACGAAAAUAAGCGGACACCGAAUCAAGAGAGGGGGCAGCAAUGGAAGGUAGCAACAACAGCGAGGACUUUGCAGUGGGCUGCUUGCUCUCCAUCAAGACCACUUUAGGGGACGAAUUCGACGGUCAAGUCAUCACCUUCGAUCGUCCAUCCAACAUCCUCGUGCUUCAAGAGGGAUCGAAACCUGGGCCUAGGAGAAACAUAAGGUUCUUGAAAGCUAAUUAUAUCAAGGAGUUUUCUUUUCUAGGUCAAGCCGAUGACCCACUUGAUGUCAAGAAGUGUUAUAUUGAUCUCCAUACUCUUCAAGCUAGAGAGGAAUUGGCUUUAAGGCAGGCAGAAGCAGAAGCAGAGAGGAUUGGAGUGGGUGUCACGGCUGAGGCGCAGAGUAUCUUUGAUGCUUUGUCUAAGACACUUCCAGUGCGCUGGGACAAGACAGUCAUAGUGGUUAUGAAUGAAGUGCGAGUUAGCAGUCCAUAUCUUCCUGACUCUGUAAGUGGGGGAACUUCUGUUGCAAAUGAAAGGGUGAAAAAAGUGAUUGAGUUUGAGAGAAAGAGGUUGCAAGCUCGUGGUGCCAGUCAGUGAUGAGUGUUGUACAUGUCCUACUACUGUUGGUAAAGGCACCUGGAGAAAUGGUUUGCUGUGGAUGUGUUGCUUGCUUCCAGCUGUAGUACAAACUUAACUGAGAAAAACAUGUUUCCCAUGCUGAGACAAUCGCAAGUUAUAUUGAUGAAGGAAUAUAGAUUUCGCGAUAGAAUUAUUAAGUAGAUGUUCCUUCAUUUUGCUGCCUCUGGCAUUUUCGAUUUUUGGUAUGUUGCUAUUGGACCUAAAUUGAUGGUAGGUUAUCCUGGUUAUGCAACGUAGUUAUUGCAAUUUCAUGGUCUGCUGCCGUCUCCUCGCAGAUGCUAUAUGCUUAAAAGUCGAAUAAGCUUGCUACCUUACGAUCAAAAAGGUACUUUCCUGGUUGCCAUUGUGGAAGAAUGUGACCAAAUUUCUUUGAAAUCAUAUAUGGAAGCAAGUUGUAUGUGGUUUCUUCCUUGCUAUGAAAGAUGACCCUUUCCAU